AUGCCACCACCAAGCCCGCCCACUGUGGCACCCAGGCCCUUCCAGCCAUUUACCUGCUUGACUGCUGCAGCACCUUCCAGUCACCGUUCGGACCUCGCGCAAUUGACCCACUGGUCUUCCGGCCACUUCCGGCCUUUGAGCUGGUGCCCCCGGGGGCUCUUCCGAUCACACGCGUGCCGACCCACAAGGGUUCCGGAAGCUCUGCAGUCACCAGCCUGCCCGUGCUCUGGCCACUGGGGACUCUUGCGCGGGUCUCCUCACGCGCUGGGGACCCAGCCAGUCCCAGAGGCAGCGACGGCCUGUUCCAGUGACCUGAUUGCAGUGGUGGAUGGAAGGCCUGUUACCAGGUCUGGAGAGUGGAAAAUCCAAAGGAUUUUGUACAAGCAUCAAAUGAAAGAGCCCGUUACCAAGGCGGAUAUGUUGAGAAAUGUAAUACAGAUGUACAAGAAUCACUUCUAUAAGAUCCUCAGGAAAGCCUCUGAGCAUUUGGAGCUGGUCUUUGGCCUUGACGUGAAGGAAGUGGAUCCCAACAGGAAUAUUUAUGUCCUUGUCAAUAAACUGGAACUAAGCUAUGAUGCAAAGCCGAGUGAUGACAGAGAGGUUCCCAAGACUGGUGUGCUGAUGACUGUUCUGGGUGUGAUCUUCACGAAGGGCAACUGCGCCACUGAGGAGCAAGUCUGGGAAUUGCUGAAUAUAAUGGGGUUGUAUGCUGGGAGGAAUAACUUCAUCAGUGGGGAGCCCAAGAAGCUCAUCGCCAAAGAUUUAGUGCAGGAAAGGUACCUGGAGUACUGCCAGGUGGCCAACAGUGAUCCUCCAUGCUAUGAGUUUCUGUGGGGCCCGAGAGCCCGCGCUGAAACCAGCAAGAUGAAAGUGCUGGAGGUUCUGGCCAAGAUCCAUGAUACGGUCCCCACUGCCUUCCCAUCCUGGUAUGAAGAGGCUUUGAGAGAUGAGGGAGAGAGAGCCCGAGCCAGGGCUGCAGCCAGGGCUGGCACUGCUGCCCUGGCCAGCGUGCGCUCCAGGGCCAUAGCCAGCAGCUUUUCCUGCCCUGAGUGA